UGCGACCGGAAAGUCACCUGCCGACCGUUAGAGUCACAUGGAGCCUACUAACCGGAAUGGUUUAGCGUGGAUCAGAUAAGAUCAGAUCGUGACCUUCCCCUCACGGUGACACCACUUCCUUGCCGGGGCACCGUGUUUCCUCCCUUUAUCCCUCUGCCAUCCUUUUUCUUUUUCCUUAUCUCUUAUCCAUCCUCUUAUCCCUUUCAUCUAAGCAAAAUCUCUACCUUUCAUCUAUAGGACAGCCAACCCCUACACCAUGAUGAUGGCCCGUCCACUCAUCACGACCUUCUUCUCCGCACUCGUCCUCCUAACCCACCUCCUCCACGUCGGUGCCAGCCCUCUCGCCGAACAAGCUCCUCUCACCGAAACCGACACCACCACCUUCGACACACACUACAACCUCGACACCGACACCGACACCCUCACCCCCUCCUCCGACCUCACCACCAACCUCGCCCCCCCAUCCUGGUUCACCUCUACCCUCCUCGCCCGCCGCCUCCUGGCCCUCUCCCGCACCGGCACCGCCUCAACCAUCUUCCCCUCCCCCAUCCCGCCCAACUCGCACACACCCCCCUCCCUAGCCGGCCACUCCACCACCCAAACCGAAUACCUCGCCGACUGCGACCCCCACCUCCCAGCCAACGACACCUCAUCCGAAUCCCCCCGGGGGCUCGGCAACCCGACCUUCCUGGCCCUGCACGUGGCCACCACCUUCCGCAACACCGCCGCGGGGUCCAACAUCUCCCUCUCCCUGGACUGGUGGGACCACGUCAACGACACUUCCCCGCUCUGGCCGGGGUUUCCGCUUAGCGAGGCCGGAUUACCCCGCGUCACGCUGUUCGGGUACGUCGAGCCGUUCGAGACCCCCGUGCCGGAGGCUGUGGAGAGCGCUUUGCGGAAGUGUUUUCUGGAGAAACAUCCUGAUGCGGAGGCGUGGUUGCCGGGCAAGGAGGGCGCCCCGCAUAGUAGUUAUUGGGCGAGGUUGAGGGUCGAGCAGGUUUAUUGGAUUGGGGGGUUUGGCGGGUUGCAGAGGAUUGGGUGGUUGAAUGUUAGUGAGAGGAGUAAGCUAUUGUGUAUAGGGGGUGGAGGUAUGUGAAGUACGAUGGGUGAUGAGGACGGUAUGGAGAUGAUGAGAUGAUGAUAUGAGAAAGGAGUGAAGAUGACGAUGACCAGUGACUAUAAGCUACUAUGGAGGAUAAGGGUAG